AUGGCUUCGCCUUUGCCUUCGUCUCUCCAUCGGCUCUCACUCCUCUCCAAACCUUCACCACCUCAAAACCACAACCUCCUUGUAACCCCUACCCGACCCGAAAUUUCCCGAUUCGAAUGCCGGGCGGGCCAGACCUGGUUCUUCACCGGGCUCGGAAGGCUUAUCAAGGAGAAGGCCAAGAGCGACGUAGAGAAGCUCUCCUCGGGAUUCUCCAAGACUCGCGAUAAUCUCGCUGUCAUCGACGAGCUCUUGCUCUACUGUUAUCUCGCUGACACUGAUCGAGUCCUCGACGAACUCGAAGAGGCUCUGCUGGUAUCGGAUUUUGGUCCAAAAAUCACAAUUAAGAUUGUGGAAAGCUUGAGGGAGGACAUAGUUGCUGGGAAGCUGAAAUCUGGAAGCGAAAUAAAGGAAGCAUUGAAGAAGAGUGUGCUGGACUUGUUAACUACAAAGGGAGCAAAACUGAACUUCAUGGCUUUUCUGGUCUAA